UUUUAACCUCUAACUUUUGUUUACAUUGUGUUAACGUGAUUCAUUCAUCGCUUUAAAAAGAAAACAUACAAUUUAAUAUAUUUUUAUAAAGUAAGUAUUUGUUUACUUAAAUAAAUUAAACUAAUUAAAAUACUACGAUGCCGUCAACCAAGAAGACAUUGCCAAACAUCCUCAUAACUGGAACUCCAGGAGUAGGUAAAAGUACAUUGGCUCGGAGAAUAUCCGAGAGAACUAGCCUCGUUUGGAGAGACGUCAGCAAGCUGGCUGAGGAGAACAGAUGCCUGGAGGAAUAUGAUCCAACCUAUCAAUGUCCUUUUUUAAAUGAAGACCGGUUGCUAGACAGCAUGGAGAGCAUGAUGGGCAAGGGAGGCAACAUCGUUGACUACCACAGCGCGGAGCUGUUCCCAGAAAGGUGGUUCGAUAUCGUGUUCGUUGUAAGAACGAACAACACUAUCCUGUACGACCGAUUGACAGCCCGCGGGUAUCAGGGAAAAAAAUUAGAAGAUAACAUUGAAUGUGAAAUAUUCCAAACAAUCCUUGACGAGGCCAAGUCCUCGUAUAAAGAAGAAAUUGUUCAUGAGCUAGAAAGUAAUACACCAGAGCAAAUAGAGGCCAAUGUAAAUAGAGUUUGUCUAUGGAUUGAGCAAUGGAAAGAAGAUAAUGCUGUGUAGAGGAAAUUAUUUUUAUUAAAUAAAUAUUUACAUUAAUUUUA